UGACAAGUUCCGCGAAGAAAAUCUUGAAUCAAGGAAAAAAUCCAAAAACCACAAACUUCAAUUUUAAAACAUUAACCAGCCCCAUCACUGAAGGUAUUAAGGAAACGGAAAGGUCACACUACUUCAUCAAAUGUCGACCUCUUUCAGCUUUGCCAAUAAGGAGAAUGCUACCCAUAUUUCUCGAGGUGCACCAAAGACACCGUUGAAUUCCAAAUCCAUCAUUUUCAAAAACAACAACAAUAAUAACAACAAUCCAAAAAAAAUCCCAGUUUUAAAAGAUGGUUUCAAGACCCCUAAUAAUAAUGUUGAACAGAGAAACCAAAAGAGAAUUCCAUUAGGUGGGAAAGACAAGAAUGCUCAUAAUAAUUCAUUAAAGAUCAGCGCAGGUUCGUUGAAUGAUCAUAGUAGCAAAGGAGGUUUAACAUCAUCUGCUGCUAAAAGAAGAAUAAGAAGAUUGAGAACACCACUAAGUAAUAUGCCAGCCACAAAGAAGCUGAGUGUGCUGAGAGAUGAUGAAGCAACUGAAGUUGAGCCACCAAAGACAUUUGAUCCAAUAGAUUUUGAUGAUGAAAUUGAAUAUGUUCCUGAAAAAGAACCACCAUUACCUUAUGCACCAUUGAACUAUGAACCAUUCACUGAAGAGGAGUUGGAUAAUUUGAAAAACAAUACUAAUCCAAGAUUAUUUGAUUGCAGAGAUGAGAUAACACCCUUAACUGAGGAGGAAAUUUAUGAAGAAUAUCCAAUCAGUUUUGAUGAAUCUGAUAAUGACUCUGAUACUCAUUCCAUUAUAAGUGAGAAGUCAAUUCCACAUUAUAUGGAACCAACUUUUGUUUCAAGUGCUAGAGCUAGAGCUAACAAAAAAGUUGAAGUUUAUGAUGAAGGUUUAUCAAUCGCUGAAUUGCAACGCAUUAUUGAUGAGGAAUGAAAAAGAACAACAAAACAUGUACAAUACACUAGGGGGUUUUAUAAUGGGGACUA